AUGCAGCGAGCUACCAUCGGGACCAUGAGGAAUUUCCUGAUUUGGGCUUGGAUUCUUUCCCCAGGCUGUUGGGCUUUGACUGGCCCCGAAGAGGCGAGCGGCCCCUUGGGAGGGUCGCUGUCUGUGCAGUGCCAGUACAAGGAACGCUACCAGAAAUACAAGAAAUACUGGUGCAGAGGAAUAUUUCUGUUUUCAUGCUCCAUAGUCAUUCAGACCGAAGGCUCAGAGGAAAAGCUGGCAGGGAACAGAGUCUCCAUCCAUGACAACCACACUCAGAGCACGUUCACUGUGACCAUGGAGAGCCUAGCAUGGAACGAUACGGAUACUUACUGGUGUGGGAUAGACAGGCCAGGUUUCGAUUCCAUGAUCAAUGUCAAUGUGCUUGUUUUCUCAGACACUACUACUCCCUUACUGCCAAUGACGACAGCUGCUGAAGAGGAAAAAUCCACCCCCCCCUCCUCCAACAUUACUGAAGUGGAUGCUGGCAUACCAAACCUUAUCUUCUAUAUCGUGACCCCCGUCAUUGUGCUGGUUCUCCUGCUGAUUUUGUUUGUGGCUGUGAGGUGUAGAAGAACAUCACAGAGGAGGAGAAAAGCUCUCGAGGAAACACCAGGAAAGAGGGAUGAGAACGGCCAUACCUAUAAUACGAAUCCCGGGCACACCCGUCCCUUCAUUCCAUCAGAGACUGCAGAAACUGACCAGAUGGCAAUCUAUAUGAACAAGCCGCCCCCGCCCAGCUCAGCCGAACAGGACUCCGAGUAUGAAAACAUGCAGCUGAGGAGUCAGGUUUCCGGAGGUAGAAAAGCUUCUUCAGACCCAGAGGACUGCUCAGCCACCGAUCAGCGGGAGGUCUACAUCAAUAUGUGCCCAAUCAGACAGUCCCCACCUCUUUAUAGUCAAGCAAAGUGUAAGGGGAAAAGCUGAUGCCCUUCUUCCUGGGAUAUUCAGCAGCUCGUCCUUAUUUUCCUAGUGCCCCAUGAACACUAUCAGACCAG